AUGUACGUUGCGCUAAUAGUCUUCAGCUUUGUGCAAAAAAUUUAUCCGCAGGUGGUUAAUAACCCUGUAAUCGACCAAUGCUUUGUGGAGGUUCCAGGUCAAGGAGGGGCAGCUGUGCCUGGAGGUGUACCUGGAGGUGCAGUUGCUAAUGUGCGACGUCCAUCGCCACUUGCUAAUGUGCGACGUCCAUCGCCACUUGCUCAUGCCUGCAGCAAUAAUAACGAUGCUUUUUGUGCUGCGGUUUUUGAUCUUACAACUGCGCAAGAUCUGCAAAAUAAUGCAAAUCCAAUGAUGGCUUAUAAAGUCAAUGAAAAUUGCCAAAAGUCCGCCCUUAGAGGCGAAGCUAUAAGAACAUGUCCACGCUCCUAGAACGAUCAAAGCUGUAGUCUAUUCCUUACGAUGCCUCAGUUGUGCACAAAUCCAAAUAUUUCGGCAACAGCACUGGCAAAAUGCCCUCGAAACUGCGGGUUAUGCAAACAACCUGGUGCAGGCGGUCGCUGCCCAGAUACUUCUCUGAAUUGUGCUGUGCUAGUGGCUCUCGCAGGCUGCAAUGAUACAAAUAUUCAGCAGACAUGCAUGGGAACAUGCAAUAUUAGGACCUCUACAACAGGAGGGCCAUCUGUUUCGACAUGUUCCGAUGACCGAGCAAAUUGUGCAGAAGUGCAACGAUACUGCACUGUGGAGCCAUUCGCGGGUACAUUAAGACAACAGUGUAGAAAAACAUGCCGUGUAUGUACCUAA